AUGUCUUCAGAAUCCCCCGCCGACGACCCAACCAACAACACUACUACAGAAGCACCCCGAACUCCUAGGAAGAAACCUUCUAAGCUUGUAGGACAAAAUAAGAACAAUGAAAUUGACAAGGCUCCUCCACCACAAAUAUCUUCCGCUUCGGACAACGAAGACGAAGAACUAGAACCCACCAUCGCAAAACCCAGGAAGGGGAGCCGUCGCAUGGUUCCCGUCCACCAAUCGCGCAUCGCGGACCGGCCCGCGAAAGAAGGUGAAAAGGAUAGUUCACUCAAGAUCAAGAUCGAGCUGGAUCUAGAAGUCGAGGUAGAAUUAUACGCACGAGUCAAGGGUGAUGUGACAAUUGGGCUGAUAUAG